UUCAGAGGUUACGGCUCCUGAUUGUUUAAUCUCAUCACGGGGGAUUGGUGACAUCAGGUCCAAUCCGCUGCCGACCUGAACCCAAAGCCAGCAGCAGGGAUCAGCUUGGAUGAAGAGCAGUGGGACAGCACAGAUCAGUCAGUGUGAAGAAGCAACCGGACUACAGCAAGGCUAACUGUCGAUGAGCUCUUAGGAGCCAAAACAUUUCUCGUUACUUUGGGAAUCCCACCAUUCUAAAGUCAGGAUGGCUCGGGAUAUGUCAGAUAAGGAAAUCCUAAAAAUGGAGCUGGAGCAGUUGAAGAAGGAAGUUAACACACCUAGGACACCAGUGACUGCAAACUGUGCGGAGAUUGUUACAUUUGUUGAGGAACUGCUGCCUAAUGAUCCGCUGAUUAAGGGUGUUCCAGAUGACAAGAACCCCUACAAGGGAGACAAGGGAGGCUGUAUAGUAACAUAGCACAUGGACAUGCAAGGAAACGUCAAACAGUUUUUUAUGAGAACCGGUUACAUUGCUGUAAAAUCCCUGUAGAAAUGUAAAAGAAAAGUAAGAUCUGUAUUGGUAUUGCUACCAGGAGAGAGACCCUUUUCCAUCACCGGAUUACUGUAUGUACCUGUUGAUUUGAAAAUGUUUCUUUGUCAAUUUGUAAUUAAAUGCAAAUAGCUGUACAAAGCUUUGA